AUGCCCUCUCUAGCAAUCUUUGGGAAACGUACUCCCGUGGCAGGAGACGACCUUCAGAUUUACGGAGCCAUCGUGCUCUUGAUGCGUUUAUCGCAACUCGGCAUUGCUGUCGCCCUGGUCGUGCAUGUUUAUACUACGAUCUACAAAGACGACUUUGUCGACGAACAGCCGUGUUUGGAUGCAGCACAGAUCACAGAGGAAGAACGCCAAGAGCUGCAAGAUUUCAAUUCCGCAUUCUUGUUGGUGUCCAUGAUGCUAGCAUCGGUGGGGGCCGUUCAGGCGGGAAUGCUAUGCACCGUAAGCCGUCGUGGAACUCCUACUGACGAGUCACGCAGAACAAAACCACUCCAGCAUUUGUGCCAUAUCAAUCUCACCGCAUUGUUCGCAUUGAGAGUCUUCACGGCCGCAACGGGAUAUUACCUCGAUCAGAUGCUCGCUCACCUAUGCAUCAAAUGCAAGGACUUUGUUCUCAAAAACGAACUAGGUGCUUGCAAGGGCAAAUACCACAGAAUGUUCUUCUUUCUCGUGCACUCCCAGCUCUUUGAAGCACUCUGCAAUGUCAUUCUCAUUGUGUACUUGCUCAUGCAAAACAAAAUACUAAACAAAGUAUCGCCCAAGGCUUUCAACUCACAAAACGGAUGGAGAGUUUUCUGCCAAUGCUGCUGCACAGUCACUAGCUUGGCUUCGUGUUGCGUCAUGGGCGGAGCGGAUGCUCUACUCGGAGACUUUACUGACGUCGCCAUUCUAUUCAGUGAUUUCUUCGACUUUCACGGAACUCUGGAUGUCACACCCACAGACAUGGUGGCAGGACUCAUGAUGGUACAAGAACUACAGUCAAAGAGAGAACAAGCCGUCAAACAACUCAUCAUGCAACAAAGCACGGAGCAGCAGGAAGAUACUAGUACACCAAUGCUGCAGCAACCAGAAGAAGAACUCGCACCACCGACACCGACACCGACACCGACACCAUCACCCUCACAGGACAACUUUGAAGUCGAAUACCGACCACAACAACACACGCUACAAGAAACAAGUCUACAAAAAGUUAUCAACAUUUAUCAAUGCAACCGAACUCUCGAUGGAAUCACAUAUCGACUCAAACGAUACUCCCACAAUACUACCCCUUCAGCUUCAAACAACAACACUGCAGAUCAGGAUCAGGAUCAGGAUCAGGAUCAGGAUCAGGAUAUCGAGAAUGCUGGAGACCAGAACGACAAUGCAGACACUAGCACUUCCUUUCGCUGGGAACCGCACGCAUCCAAACUGUUAAAAUCAUCAAACCAGUACGAUCACUUGGUCAUGGCAGAAGGAGCUAGGUUCAUGAGAAUAAGCCUCGCAAUCUACACAUGGAUACAAUACUGCUUGGUAAACAGACCUUGCACCGGUAUUUGCAUACUGGGAUGGACAUCCACGCAACGCUAUUGCUGUGGGAAAUACAGUACAAACAAAACAAACAGAAACAGACAAAAGCACAGCAAUGCUGCCAACAAGAAAAAGAACGAUGACGUCGAUGACAGUGACAAUGACAACGAUGAAGAAUUUGAAGAAGAACAAGGAGAAGAACGGGACGUUCACAAGGAAAACAUGCCAGAACCUCCCACACGGUAUCACCGUCACAGGGGUUUUGAGGGUGACGGAUGUUGCCGCUUGAACUCUACAGCUUUCCUCAAAGAAUCAAGAAUCCCGGACGAACACGACAUUUUUUACGCAUUCUUCAAAUCCACUGUCGUCCAAUCUCCCUUUGCCGUUGUGCUAGAUCAUGAAUGGAAAUCUGUGGUGAUUGUUGUCAGAGGAACUCAGUCACUGGAUGAUGUGGUAACCGACUUGACCAUGACUCCGACCAAUCUAGAAGAAGUGGGCAACCAACACGGCUUUGAUGGAUCAUCGUUCUUUGCACACUCGGGUAUAUUGGCCACUGCCCUUUGGAUUGUGCAAGACAUGAAACAACAGCAGGUUUUGGAGAGUCUUUUCGAGGACGAGGACAGUCCGCACAAAGACUACCGACUGCGCGUAACAGGUCACAGCUUGGGUGCCGGAUGUGCUGCACUGGUGGCUCUCUUGUUGAAAGCACAGUACCCGACACUCCGAUGCCAUUGCUUUAGCCCCCCUGGCUGCACCUUGUCUGAAAAUGCUGCAAUCUACACAGAAGACUUUUUGACAGCGUACAUUUUGGAUGCUGACAUUGUCCCUCGUGCCUCUUUGAAUGCGCUGGAGAAUUUGAGGCAUGACUGCGUCGAGAUGAUUAGUCGCAUCAAAGUGCCCAAGGAUGAAGUGUUCAACGAGUAUGGCUGCUGUCGAACAGUUUUGGCAGCAGAUCAACGAAAGGACCGGUUGGAGCGCAUCCUUUAUCCUCCCGACGAGACUCCCGACAGUCAGUUUAUCCGUGAAUGGAAGAAGUAUCGUCACUUGUACGAAGAACGCAAGAUGGAACGACGAGAAGGUGCUAAUCUGGUGGAAUUGUUUCUGCCGGGGAAGAUUGUCCACAUGUUUUCCACAAAAAGUGCUGGCAAGAAGAUAGAUUUGGGCACAGAACCAAUCUGCUGUCUGUUGGGUAGUUUCGCCAGUUGUGUUGCCGGGCUCUUUGUACGUACUCCCAAGAAGGAGUAUGAAUGCCGAUGGGCCAACCGAUUGGAUUUUCGUGAGAUCCGCAUUGCCAACCACUUUGUCGAUGAUCAUGUACCUCUAAACGUCUUGAAGGAGCUCGAAUGUCAGGCUAUCAAGUUUGGAUUGGAGGAACCGUAUCUUCCAAGCAAGGAAAUAGAGGACGACAAGGAUAAGGAGUUGAAUGAAUGA